AUGAACCUGCUGCGCCUGCUGCCGUGCGCGCUGGCCGCCGCCGCCGCGCUGCUGGCCCCCGCGGCCGCCGAGGAGCGCUGCUUCGCCAAGGACUUCAUGUUCGGCUCGGCCACCGCGUCGUACCAAGUGGAGGGCGCCUACAUGGACGUGGGGCGCACGCCCAGCAUCUGGGACGACUUCUGCCGCCAGCGGCCGGGCCUGGCCUGCGCCAACGUGGCCGACGACUUCUUCCACCGCUACCCGAGCGACCUCAAGAUGAUGGCCGACGACGGACUGCAGUCCUUCCGCUUCUCCGUGUCCUGGUCGCGCGUCAUGACGUGGAACCCCGCCACGCGCCGCAUGGUGCCCAACCCAGCGGGCAUCGCAUUCUACCACGACCUCAUCGACGAGAUGACCAAGAACAAGCUCGUCCCGAUCCUCACCAUCUACCACUGGGACCUGCCCUCGGCGCUGCAGACGGAGCUCUCGCCCGCCGGCUGGCUCAGCGAGGAUAUCAUCCGCCACUACGUCGAAUUCGCCACGCUCAUGUUCCAGGAGUUUGGCACCAAGCUCGACUACUGGACGACCUUCAACGAGCCGUACUCGUUCGUCACGCAGGGCUACGGCACGGGCGUGCACGCGCCCGGCUUCACCGGCUCGGACAAGAACACGUACAUUGUGACCCACAACCUGCUGCGCGCCCACGCGCUGGCGGUGCAGAAGUUCCGCGAGUUCCGCGACGCGGGCAUCGUGCGCCCCACCGCCCGCAUCGGCAUCGUGCUGGUGGCGCACAUGAUGUUCCCGCUCGACCCGACCAACCCCGAGGACGUCGCUGCCGCCGAGCGCGCGCUGCAGUUCGACUACGGCUGGUUCCUGCAGCCCAUGAUCUCCGGCGACUACCCGGCCGUCAUGCGCGAGGUUGUGGGCGACCGCCUCCCCCGCUUCACGGCGCAGGAGGCCGAGAUCAUCAAGGGUUCGUACGAUCUCUUCAUGCUGAACCAUUACGCGUCGAAAACCGUGACUGACUGUGACUCGCCCACCUCGAAGCGUAGCUGUGACCAGCUUACGCUGGGCUGGGAGAAAGACAAGGGUGUCGACGAUACGCGCGCCCCCGAAGGCUCGCGUCUGUCGAGUAAGGACCGCCACGGCAACCACAACUGCGGCUGGUUCACUGCGUACCCGCCCGGAUACCUGGCGCUGAUGAAGUGGGUCAGUGCGCACGACCCGUCCGCCGACGUGCUGCUGACGGAGAAUGGCUGGUGCGGCAACGAUGAGGUCGACAACCAGGACCAGAUGUGGUACUACGAAAACUACAUGGAGCAGGUCUACAAGGCCGUCACGGAGGAGAACAUCAAGGUCAUCGGCUACACGGCGUGGUCCUACCUGGACAACUACGAGUGGGGCUCCUUCGAGCCACGCUUCGGGCUUUACUACGUCAACUUCACUUCCCAGACGGGCUCCAAGGACUACGUCUCGGCAAAGCCCACGGAGCUCGAGCGCAUUCCGCGUCCGGCAGCCAAGUGGUUCAGCAAGCUGGCCAAGACCAAGUGCAUCCCUUCCGCGUCGGACGCCGCCGCGGCCAGUGCCCCCAGCGCAUCGUCCGUCAACAGCAGUGGCGGUCUUUCCAUGUGGUCUAUCGUUGGCAUCGUGGUCCUGGCUGUCGCGGUUAUUGGCGCUGCUGUCGCUGGUAUCCGCGCGUUCUCGCGUCGUCGCGGUUCGAACGGCGAGCGCAGGCCGCUGUUGUAAGAAGCGAGCAUUUGUGGCACUUAGCAGGCAAUAGGAACACAUCAAUCUCUGCUCAAUGAACACUGAUGUCGCUCUCU